AGAGGGACCCUCACAUGAAGCAUUCAGAUUUGGAAUAGGAGCACAUCUGCACUCUCUGCUCUAAGAUAGGAUCUCCUUCUCUGCAGGAUGCCUGGAAACAUCAGAUCAGUCUCUGUGGUCUUGGUAGCUUUGUUGUGCUUGGUGUUCUGCAGUCAGCCGACCAGUCUGGAUGCUGCCCCCCUCUGUACGAACGCCGAGGCUGGGUGUCACGUCCUCUCCCUGGCUAACCUGUUUGACCGGGUCAUUCAACACUCAGCCAGAAUGCACGGCAUUUCAAAUGACCUUCACUCUGAGUUUGAGCUUUACUUCCUGCCCAGUAAGAAUCAGAUUGGCCGGGUCAGUCGCAACUGUCACACGUCUAACAUCCUCACCCCAAAUGGAAAGGAGAACGCUCAGAGAAUGGCGAGGGAGGAGCUGACAGAGGUGAUUCUAAAGCUCCUGGUGGCAUGGAGGGACCCUCUGUGGCAUUUCCACCAGAGCAUGACGCACUUCCACGACUUCAUCGACUUCAGCUCCAAUAAAUCUCUUAAAAUGAGUGAUAUGGUGCAUGAGCUACGGAAAGGAGUGCAGAAAGUAGUUGAAAAGAUGCAGAUGUUGGGAAUAUUAAGUAACUCUGUCAGCAGCCUCAUGUCUCCUGAGGCUUUCUUGGCAUCAGGCAGUGCUGAGUGGCGCCUAAUGAAAGACUACGAGCUCCUCUACUGCUUUCGCCGAGACUCCAACAAGGUCCAGAACUACCUGAAGAUCCUGAAGUGUCGCAUUGUUCCAGAGGAUGGAUGUUAAAAGCUAGAAACUCUUGACAAAGCUGAAGUUUUUGUUUUCUACUUAUAGAGAAUCAGAAACAUCUCAUCAUGACUGCAGUGAUACAACGACCAGUCUGUCAGAAUGUUUUCCAUCCUCAGAAAAUGUUAGGUGACAACAGACAGGGUGCGAUGAAUGCACAGAAUCACUAAUUAUUAUAAGAGAAACCUGUAAAUCGUCUGUUUCAAUAUAUUAUAUA